AUGCCUCGCAUCUUCCGUUCCCAAACCCGGGUACGAAUCCCAACCCACCUCAGUGUGACCGAAGCAACGCUGCUGAACAGCUCAACCGCCAUAUCUCCGACCAAAAUCAUCUUUGAGGAAGCCAUCAGCGGUAGGACGGUUUCAUACGGCGAAUUCACUGCCCUGGUCAAGAGUGGGGCGGCCUGGCUACGGCAAGCUCUUGCACUUAAGCCUGGACAAGUCGUAAGCGUGAUAUCGCCCAGCUGCAUCGAUUAUAUCAUCGCCGUGCACUCUGUAUGGUGGGCUGGCGGUGCUGUUUCUUUGAUAAAUGAUUCUCUGUCGCCAACCGAAAUUGCAUAUGGUAUUCAGCUUGUCAAGCCAGACUACAUUGUUGUGGGCAGUUCCGCUUCUAGCAAACUUGUUAAGAGCCUCGGUCUGAGCAGCCCAGCGAGCUCAGCUAUCAAGAUCAUUGGACUUGGGGAAGCUCAUCCCCAAUGGUCCAGUUGGCCAAAACAGGCUGUUGGCCAAGGGAAAUUUCCGGAGAUCGAGGCUCACUCGUUCGCAAGUGGCGACAACCGACAAGUACCUGCAGCAAUUAUUCUGUCCAGCGGAACCACUGGCCAUCCCAAGGCUGUUGUUCUCUCCCAUUACAACCUCAUCGCUGUGAACUACCAAUUGCGUGCGGACAACCCUGACAACUGGAGGAGUGACAUGCGCGAGGUUUUCUUCCCGCCCUUAUCUCAUGUCUAUGCACUAUAUGUCGCCAUUACAGGAGCUCCUUGGCUAGGCUAUUACGUAUGUCUAAUGCCACGGUUUGAAUUGGAAACAUAUUGUCGCCUUCUGUCGGAGCGAAAGGCAACACUGGCUAGAUUGGUUCCUCCUGUUGCGAAAAUGCUUGCCGAAAGCCCGGUCACCCGUCGAUACACAUACCCGGCUUUAGAGUAUUUUACAUGCUCAGCUGCUCCCAUAAGUGAGAAAACUGCCGGGGAUCUGAGAACAGUAUUCCCCGGAGUGAAACUAUGCCAAACGUAUGGCUGCACUGAGGCCUCGGGUGCAUGCGUACAAUCCGGCACUCGCGACAAAGACAUGCCGUUAAAUGCGACGGGGAAGCUCAUUACCAACGCCGAGAUAAGGUUCAUUGAUUCUACUGGUAAUGAUGUCGAUAAUGGCGCACCAGGAGAGAUCACCUUGCGGGGCCCGCAUAUUAUGAUGGGGUAUUUGGGAGACCCCAAAGCCACAAGAGAGCAUAUGCUAGAUGGUGGCUGGUACAAGACAGGGGACAUAGGGUACUUAGAUGCACAAGGCUUUCUCUUUGUCAGCGGUCGUAUAAAAGACAUCAUCAAGUCAAACGGAUUCCAGGUUUCACCUCUUGAGCUCGAAGAGAUACUCGUCCACCAUCCACUUGUCAAAGAGGCGGCCGUACACGGUGUGUGGAGUGAACGCGACGCAACCGACCUCCUACGCGCGUAUAUCGUAUCGGAGAAGCCGCUGGCGAAGACUGGGCGAGAUAUGGAAGAGGCCGCGCGAUCUGUGACUGAGUUUGUAGCGAGCCAGGUAGCUGGCUAUAAGCAGUUGAAGGGAGGGGUGAUUUUUGUCGAUUCGUUGCCUAAGAGCCCGACUGGAAAGCUGCUCAGACGGCUUCUCAAAGAUAUAGAUGAUACUGGAUGUAUCCCACUGCAGUCAAAGCUAUAG